AUGGCCCCCGUCGCCGACGCCCCGCUAGCCAACAUGACGGCGCUCAAGGAGAACCUCGCCCUGCUGGCCACGUCGAAAAAGGAGCUCGAGCUCGUCCGCUCCCAGGCAGAGAAGCCCGGACCGGGCCAGGCCCUGGUCCACGUCCGCGCCACGGGCAUCUGCGGCUCCGACGUCCACUUCUGGAAGCACGCCGGCCUGGGUCCCUGGAAGAUUGACAGCUGCGUCGGCCUCGGCCACGAGUCCGGCGGCGUCGUCAUCGCCGUCGGCGAGGGCGUCGACAACGUCAAGGUCGGUGACAAGGUCGCCAUCGAACCCGGCGUCCCCUGCUUCAAGCCCACCUGCAAUUUCUGCCUCAAGGGCAAGUACAACCUCUGCCCCACCGUCGACUUUUACUCGGUCCCGCCCCGCGACGGCACCCUCAGGAGGUACCACGUUCACCCUGCCGGCUGGCUCCACAAGGUGCCCGAAUCGAUGUCGUUCGAGGAGAUCGCGCUCCUCGAGCCCCUCUCGGUCACGCUCCAGGCCACGCUCCAGGCCGAGAUCAAGCUGGGCCAGCCCGUCCUCAUCACCGGCGCCGGUCCCAUUGGCGUCGUCCAGCUCCUCUGCGCAAAGGCGGCGGGCGCCACCCCGAUCGUCAUCACCGACGUCGUGGCCGACCGGUUGGCCUUUGCCAAGAAGCUCGUGCCCGAGGUGCACACCUACCAGAUCGACACGGCCAAGACGCCGCUCGAGUGCGCCCAGGAGAUCAUUGCCCUCUUCACCACCGCCUGCGGCUUCGCACCGGGGACGGGCAGCGACGUCAUGCCCGCCGUCACCAUGGAGUGCACGGGCGUCCAGUCGUCGGUCCACACGGCCGCCUUUGCCACUGAACCCACCGGCCUCGUCUUUGUCAUUGGCGUCGGCGCAAACUACCAGGAGAUUCCCUUUAUGCACCUCUCGACCAACGAAAUCACCCUCAAGUUCCUCUUCCGCUACCGCGACACCUGGCCCCGCGCCAUCCGCCUCGUCGCCGGCGGCAUGAUUGACGUCAAGCAGCUCGUCACCCACCGCUUCCCCCUCGAAAAGGCCAGGGACGCCAUGUUCCACGCCGCCGACCGCAGCGUGCCGUCGUGCAAGACCAUCAUCUUCGAUGACGCCUAA